GUUUGAUUGAGAUUCUAUCACAUGACAUUGGAAGGAAGGAGAUCACAUGCCCGCCUCUUCCCGCCCUUGUCUAUUUAUACAUUAUAUCAGCUGGGGUAUAUAAAUGUAUAUAUUUCUGGAUUUUAUGUUGAUGCAACAAACAUCGUUUUAAAGAAUGACUUGCGCAAGCGCUGUGCUAUCUCAUGUGAUCUCCUUCCUUCCAAUGUCAUGUGAUAGAAUCUCAAUCAAACUUCAACUUACAGGCAAGUCUCGUUUAAUUUUCCAAUUACACAUGAUUGUUUGAAGGGAAAGUCAGUUGGUAAUGCGCUUGUCUUCUGAAUGCUGAAUAACAGGUGAGACUGCAUGAGAGUAAACAUUACGGCUAAGGUUUUUCGUCGAGAACGUUGGAAGAAAGACGAGGCAAAGGAACCGUGUAAAAAGAAAGAAUUUAAACAUAGGAGAGUGAAAGAAAAGAACAUGGACUAUAUAUUAAAGACAACUGAAUAGAAAGAUUUAAUAUCUGAGGACAAAAAAAAGUCUAAGGGAACCUGGCAUCAUAGCGAAGAUAAAAUUUAAAGGGAGCCGUGGAUCAAACCUAACAACAUUAGAUAAACAUAUAAUCCUUGACAGAAUUACCAAUGUCUAUCUAUGCUAAUUCCCCGUCUGCUCGGAUAACAGUCCUCACCAUCUUGAGUUUAUUCGUGGUUGCGGAUGUCUUUGGAAACAUACUGGUUUGUUUAGUAGUGCUGCGUAACCCGAGCAUGCGCACUGCUAUGAACCUUAUUCUGGUCAAUUUAGCCCUGUGUGACAUUACGGUUGCCAUAGGAAUGACAUCAAAGUACAUAUUGACGGAACUGAUAUCACAUCCAACAGGGGAUUUUGGAAAAUAUCUAUGUACUUUUAUAACAUCUGGAAACUUGACAUGGGUUGGUGGUCUUGCUUCAGUGUUCUGCCUUGUAUCUUUAUCAUACGAGCGAUAUUCAGCAAUAGUAAACCCGUAUGACAUCCAUAAAAGGAUUACUAAAAGAAAAGCAGUGUGGUUCUCGGUUGCUUCGUGGAUUAUGUCUAUGAUAAUAUGUGUACCGGAGUUCAUAGGCUAUGACUAUUACAUAACUAGGCAAGGCUGUUUCCAAAAAUGGCCGUUCCCGUGGCUACCAAAGGCUUACAGCAUGUUUUGGCUGUUUGUGGUGGGUAUCAUACCAAUUAGCCUGAUGGUGUUCUUUUAUUCAAGGAUUGUCCAUACAUUAUGGUUUCAGUCCAAAAGAGACCCUGAGCUUGCGCAGCAAGCGGCUCUCAGAUACCGCAAAAGUGUCACAAAGAUGUUAAUCGUAAUAAGCGUCAUCUACAUAAUUGGAUGGAUGCCAACGCUUUGUGUAUUUGUCCUUGUAUUUUGGAGCAAGGCUUUCCAAGUCGGACAGGUUAUUGGUGCUGUGACUGCGAUACUUGUGGUAUUUAACUCAGCGGUAAAUCCAUACGCGUAUGCGCUACAGAGUAAAGAGUUUAGAAAGCGUUUGAAGAGUUAUAUAUUCUGCUGCCAGUGUCGUCUAGUUGUGCUUCCAGUCAAUGAUACAUAUACUCAACACUCUGUUGCCUUAAACCAACCACAUGUUAAUAAGGCAUUUGUGGCUGAUCAAAACAUAGAGUUACAAAGUUACAAUAAAAGAAGUCAAACGUGUCUCAAAAAAGAAGGAUGAGCAUUUGAAGACCAAUGUUUGAAAACAUUUUCAUCGAAGCUUGAAGUCAGCGAUGAACUGUAGCACGUGUAAAUAAUAAGAUUGAAUUGUUCCAAAAUCAAGAUUACAAAAAAAAAAUUAAGUUCUUAGUAGAGCCGAAUACACAGAUCACAUUGCAGAUAUAGCAACUUCAUAUAGUGGUUAUUAUUGACAUAGUGCACUACAUGCAAUUGUAGAUAUAAGCUAUAAAGAAUUAUUUGCACUAAUCAGAUCGAUGAUAAAAAUCCUAAAAUUUCAAAAAAUUUCAGGUAAAAAAGUUUCUUUAUAAUACAUUAUGACGUAAAUCAGUACUACAUGAAAAAUAGUGACUUGUGUAUCAAGUGUAUCAAGUCAGUAUGAAAUUAUUUUUAUAAUAACCAUAAUACUAUCAUAUUUUGGGAACCGAAAACCAACGUCAGUAUUUCACUUAUAAGGCAAUCCAUGAGAAUAGUUACCUUUUUCGAAAUAGUAGCAAGACUGUGUGAUAUCCCUUAUUGUAGAAGUUACACAAAGGAAAAAUGUACAAAAGAGUUUUAAAGCCAUACACUUUGUAAAAUGAAUACAUUCGCGUCAAUAUUGGAUAAACCUGGAAUCAAUAGUAAUAGUUCAAAUGCAGACAUUAAGAAGAGAGUCAAAACUGACCCAAGAUGUGGCAACCAUGUUGGUGGAAUAUUUUCUUAGAUACCGCCAACAUGGCCGCCAUGAGAUACAAACGAAGACUAAUGGUGUUACUUGCGGUUCAUCUUUACUCCUUGGAAUCAGCAAUCCCUCCUGGUGUGACCGCAAAAGUAGUUUCAUUCUCCGGUAAAUCAGGACUGAAAAAAAAGACAAAAGAAUGAUGAUACAUUAUGGAAUUGUCUAAGAUUUUGAAUAGUACUGAAAAGCAGUUACGCGCGUCACGACCUCUUAAUAAAAGAGACUGUAUAGAAUCAAAUAAA